CAUUAUCCUAUUGAGGCGAAAUACAACGGGGUGUCUGAAUUAAUGAUCGAAAUAUUCACGCAUGUCAGGUCAAUGAUAUAUAAUACCAAGCUAGCAGUACCUAUGCUGUACAUAAUUGGAAUCUGAUUGCGACUCAAAAUUGGACCCCCAAACUGGUUCGACUCGGAGCAAGAUGGGAUUGCUACGGACCAUAGCGCUGGCCAUCCUUGGAAUUUCAGGCUUUGUAUUUAUCGCCCUAUUUGGAAGACUACCUGCAUUUCGCAAAACUCCAAUCGGGUUCCUUCAUAGAGUUCUUUGGAUACAUAUCCCUAGUGGAUUCGCAAAAGUCGAUGAAAUACUGUUCAGCGGCCGGCUUUUCUCUUGCUGCAGUCAGGCUGGCAAAUAUGUUCUCAAUGAGAACCAUCCUCUUGUUCUGAUAUUCUUUGCCUCACUUCUGGUAGCAGGCCAGUGCAUGUUCAUUCCAGCCGCUUGGGCCAGGAUCUCUCCGGCCCACCAUGUAUGGAUACCGCUCGUUGUAGCCCUCCCUUACUACUUCUUAUAUGCGAGCAUAACCACUAAGUCUUUCAUUACCCCCAAAAACCACGCUGAGGAGUUGGAACGCUAUCCAUACGAUAGGGUCAUCUUCCAUCCAGGACACCGCUGCAGCACCUGCCGCUUCCUCAAGCCGGCGAGAAGCAAGCACUGCAGCACUUGCAAAGCAUGUGUUUCCCGACACGACCAUCAUUGUGUGUGGUUGAUGAACUGCGUUGGGUUGCACAACUAUCACUACUUCCUGUCGCUGAUAGUAUCGUUAUGCGUCAUGCUGACUUAUGGCUCGUGCCUUGGAUACACUCUGCUGUACCAGACCUACGACAAACUGGUACCUGCCGACAAUCCUUUGCGACACACGCGACAGAGCUGGACGACCUUCUUCAACAUCUGGGCCGUGGUGAUCGCUGCUGAUGUUCGCAUUGGCGCGACAACCCUGUUGAUGACGAUGACAGCCCCUUUGGCGGGGGCCUUUCUCGUAUACCAUACCUAUCUGAUUUGGGCCGGUAUGACCACCAAUGAAAGCUCCAAGUGGUCGGAUUGGAAGGAGGACGUUGCCGACGGCUAUGUAUAUAGAUCGACCAAGGACGUGAUAUAUGGCAAUUCGCCCUUGCUCGCAGAAUACCAGGGGUCACCCACAGACUGGCCCAUGAGCAGCGAGCAGGUCCUUGCACUCACGGAUGGGGAGGCUCCAAAGGAAGGACAUCUGUUAUCUUCGGAUUCGAACGAAAUAUCGCAGCCCAGCGACCGAGAUGCUCCUAUCGACCCGCGGUGGAAUUUGGUACAUAGUAUGCGGGAGGUUGAGAAUAUCUAUGACCUGGGGUUCUGGAACAACUUGCGCCAUAUGGCUGACCGGGCAGCAGCGGAGAUGAAGCCCAAGUGCACUCCUGCAGAGCUUAUGCUAAAGGUUAUUCUGACGGGGACCUUGAGCCACUAUGAGACCCGGGGUAUGAUUGAUGACAAACGUCUUGAACACAUGCUCUCUGCGGGCAAGCAGAUUCUUUACAAGACACACCAAGAAAGCGAUGUCAGACAUAAUCUCGGCCUGUCACCGGACAUCUGGCAAGGCUUCACAGAUGUUUUGACCAAGGCGAUCCCGGUUCUCGAGUCCCAGUCGUUCGCUUGGAAAAGCCCUCCGACCGCCAACUACGACCACUCUUCCUCCAACCUCAUAGCCUACAACUACUUCUCACUUGUCAAGGAUAUCGAGCGCCUGAAUGACUUGUGUACCAUCGCCCGCAAUCUCCUCGCCACCACGAAGAAGGCCCAAAAUAUGGCGGCGGAGAAAGGCUUUGAUCAGAGGAUUCUAGCUCUGGUGGACACCUGUGUCAGAGUCACCGCGCGGGGAUUUGAUGGGGAAACGAACGCACGGAACGAGGAGCGCUGGCAGAAAGUCGUCAACCUCUACAAGCGCCUCCUGAUCACGUGUCUGCAGUUCAUGCACAAUUUCAUCAUGCACAACGAGCAGCGGAAGAUGGUUUUGUGGCUGGACCUCUUCGGAUACCAUUCCACGGGAGAUUCGAACAUCAUUCAGCCCCGGGAGCCGCUUGAUCCGGCCUUUUCUCAGCCCGAAGGAAUGGCGCCGAUUGUCAAAACCGGAGAGCGGAUAGUCAACCCCCCCAUCCGGGCUCUCUACGAUCAGACUGCGGAGGACUUGCUUCUGGAGACGAUCUCCAAUUUCCCCCGGGAACCCGCAACGAUCAAAGAGGAGGCGGCCAUGCUGCUUCUGGCAAACAUCAAGGACCACAUGGAGAACCUGCUCGGGCGCGAUCUGACCGCCAUACAGGAGAUGGGCAAAGACCCGGAGCAGGUCAAGGAAAUUCGCGCAGCUUUGACUGCUAUUCUCGGAGCCAAGGUAGAUGGGUGGUCUGAUCUCCAGGAUAGAGCCAAGGACCUUCCGCCAGCCCUGCCAGAAGAUGAGCCUCCUCGCAAGAAGGCGAUUGUGACGAUAGAUCGGAGCCUAACAGCUGGUUUCCCACGCGUUUGUUGGACCGAUCUUCCCGACCUUAGCGAAUACGGGGCGCUUUCGGCUGGUGAUGCAGUUGUCAUGGAGGAAGAUAUGAGUAUGCCCCGGUCUGCUCAAUCUGCGGCCGAAACCCUACAGGAAGCGAAGGACGAGUUGAUGGCGCGACUGCAAGAGAGCUCCCAGAUUGGUGGUGAUGGAGACCAGGACUACGAUACUGGGGAUGCGGGCACCGUUGGUGAUGACGACUCGCGCAGCCUGGAGGCUGUUGCAGACGGAAGCAUGGAGGAGGAAGAGGAGGAGGAGGAGGAGGAUGACGAUGAAGAUGACGACGAUUACCGCGGCCGUCCAGGAGACCAACAACGCGGUCUGUUGACGGAUAUACCGCUUGUGCUUGGACCCGCAGAGAUCGAAGCGCUUCCUAUGAUUAUCCAAGCCGGUAUCGUUGACAGUUUCGGCUUGAAGGGCGGAGAAAGGACGGGGUCGCGGAAUAUGCAGGCUCUGCGAUGCCACAUCCUACUGACGCAGGAGACUGGUCGCAACCUGUUGAGAGAGUUGUUGAUCUUCAUUGCUGCCUGGGAUCUUCCUGAUGACGAGCUCUACUUCAAGAUGAUGGUUCAGAUCAUGGAUGCGGUUCUCAAGAACGGUCUUAUGUCACACGCAUACUCCGAUUUCGGCCAGCCCAAGGACAUUAUUUCUCCUGCGCAGGCAGUCGUGGUCAAGAUUCUUACACACAUCUUCCGAGCUAAGUAUUCUCCAGCAUCAGUCACCGGUACUUCUCAACAUACCGCAACCAAGAGCCCGGCCCCUCUGUCCCGAGUCGACAUCCUUACCGUUCGAUACAUUUUCACCAUCUUCCGGGGCAACAUCAUUCCUGAGACUUGCGCUUUGAUCUACUUGCAGGGACAGAUUCGCGCCGGACGGGCUCUGCCGGAGGACUUCCCGCUGAACUUGUGGGAUAUGGAGCGGGUCUACGAAGGUGUCUACCAGUUCUUGGAGUUCUUCGCUGUGCUGACCGAGAACAACGACUGGAAAAACCUGCUUGUCAAGUGGGAGAUCGUCUAUGACUUGGUGACGUUGAUCAAGGAGCUUGAGGCCAGCAUCCCCAAGGGCCAGCUGAGUUCCCUUACUCUGGGAGGACGCAACAGCCCUUCCCGGGACCAUCAAUCUAGCUCGGGUUCCGGGCCGGUAGCAGUCGAGAGACCAUAUGACCCCGGUGACCCCGACCCCGUUGAUGCUGGGCCGGGAUCGAGAGCAGAGUCGCCGCCCAUCACGGAGGACCCGUCGGAGUUCGAGUGGCGCAAUUUGAAGAAGCUGGUGGUGCUUGUUCUCUCGUCUUUGGUGUGGAAGUGUCCCGAGGUUCAGGACCAAAUCCGGCGCUAUGGUGGUGUGGAAACCAUCCUGUCCUGCACCAACUUCGAUGCUCACAACCCCUACAUCAAGGAGCAUGCCGUGAUGUGUUUGAAGUUCUUGUUGGAAGGUAACCGCGAGAAUCAGAAGAUGGUCGAGGAGUUGGAAGCGCGCGAGGUGGUCAAGGAUGACAACGGGGUCCUGGAGAGGAGUGGCCUGGAGGCUAUCAUCGACAAGGCGGGCAAGUUGGCUCUUCGACCCAAAGAGGAGCUUUGACUUAGGAUUAUAGCUUAGCUACGCUAUUACGCUAUUCUUCCUGACAUGAUAGACUUAGAAACAAAAAUUACAGUUCAUGAAUGAAAC